AUGCUGCAAUUACUGAAGUUGUCAGGAAAGUCAGAAAAAUUGUUCUUGACAAACUAUGUUGCACACUCCAUAACAGAGUUCAAAUAUGAACCUGAUGAAGGAGUUACCUUUGAAGCAUACUACAGAAGAUAUGAGCAAAUCUUUGAUAAAGACUGUAAAGACUGGGAUGACAAGAUGAAAAAGCACUUAAUCAAGAGAAAACUGGCAGUGACAGAACAUGAGCAAUACAGUAAUUAUGUACUCCCAAGAAAAUCUUUGGACAUAGAUUUUAAUGACACAAUAGAUAUAUUGUGUAAAAUUUUCAGUACGAUACAUUCCAAGUACCAACACCACUGCAGAUGCCCAGGCAUACAAGUAAGAGGAAAAGAAAAUGUACAGAAUUCUUGA